AUGUACGACGACUCUUGGUACAGCUUUGUGCCCGAGGUCGCCAAGACUGCUGCCUCGACCGUCAAGAAUGCCGGCCACCGGCGCAAGGAGUCCCUCCUCCAGCAGCCCAACUCCUCCCAGGGAACGAUACAGCCCUCGGAAGCUCCAGAGCCGCUGAGCCGGCUCCUCGAAGACCCCGAAGACGACGAUGACCCGCCAGAGCCGGUGCUGGCUCGCCGUGCCAAAUCCUACUCCGACUUUUACCACGUCGUUCGCGCCCAGCUCGCCAAGGAUGCGCACAAGAAGAGGGAGGACCGCAAGAGGAGGAAAGACAAGAGCCUCGAGGCACUGAUGAUCGCAGCCAAUGUCGACAACAUCCCCGUUCCGCGACGGCCUGUUCUCGAUCAGUACAAUGACGAGCUGCUGCAGGCCAGCCAGCAUGAGUACCUAAGCCCGGCUAAUCAUUCUGAAAGCAUCUACAAAGACCAGCUGGAUCUGACCGAGCGCCACCUCGAGGCCCUCAUUGUCGACACCAACGCGUCCCUCGACCUCCUGACGACGCUCUCCAAUUCAUUCCAGGCGGUCGAGACCCAGACCACCUCGUUCCAGUCGCAGUGCGAGGACCUCAUCGAUGAGCAGAAGCGUCUCCAAGAGCUCGCAGACGAGGUCGGCACCGAUCUGUACUUCUACACGUACCUGGACAAUGUCACGCGGAGGCUCAACGCGCCUGGCGCCGGUCGCUUGGUCGAGGACGUGGUGUUCGGCGAGGUCCUGGACAAUCUCAACGCAUGCAUCGACUUUAUGACCAAACACCCUACAUAUCGCGACGCCGACUCCUACCUCGCACGAUACGAAUCCCAGCUGACGAAAGCACUCCAUCUGCUCGAGGUCGGUCUCAGCAACCGGCUCAAGAACAUCUCCGACGAAAUCGCCAAACCCAUCGCGGCGUCCAAGUCCGAGGCCACCCGCCAUGCUCUUGCGUACGGCCGCUUUGCCGAAAUGAUCGCCGACACCUAUUCUCUGCUGCCCAACAUCCACAAGGUCAUGCGCAACGUCUUUGAUGAGUACGGGCAGCCAAUCUCCGGCACGGCGCACGACAUUUACGUCAACACGGCGAACAACCUGUUCUCGACAUACCUGGCAGUUCGCAACGACGAUUUGAAGCCAAUGACGGACAAAGACGUGGCCGAAUUCGCGAGGGAGCGAAAGGACCUCUCGGUGGAGACGGGAUGCCGAAACUACCUUAAGCAGACGUUUGAGAGGGCGUACAACGAGAACAGCCUCGUACACCGAAUCUUUGGCUUGGACCUGCAGUGGAGCUCUGAUCCCGCGUCCGCGUACCAGGCUCUCAAGUCCGCCUCGAAGGGUGCCGUGAACCCGGCCAACAUAGCGAUCCUCUCCGCCCACCUAUGCGCCGCGCUCAAGACGGAAGAGCUGCGCACGGUGUGCAACAUUGUGGCCUGGCUGAUGAACGAGUAUCUCGUCCUGGACUACGACGAGGAGGAGUCGCCGUUCUCCCAACAGUGCAGGGAGCUGAGCGCCAGGGUCCUGACGGAACAUCUCUGGGUCUUCACCGACGACAUGUUCAAUGCCGAGACGACCAAGACCAUCACAAAGAUGGCGCUCGACGACGAGGGACUGAAGAUCAAGCCCGUCGUGGACGGCGUGUCGGCGUCCAACGCCUACGCCCCCGUCACCAAAGCCAUGGGGCUUCUGGCCAUGUAUGACCAGACGAUGCCCAAGGAGCGCAGUCAAAAGAACAACCGCGUCGUGUUCAAUAUUGUCCGUGAAUCCGUCAAGGUGCUGCAGCGGGCCGAGGCGCGCAUCAGGUACAUCAAGAACGGGACCGACGCCGACCUCUUCAUGAUCAAGAAUCUCCUCAUCAUCAAGAACGAAUUGCUCUCGCUCGAGAUUGGCGACAUUCGCGGCGACGGCGCCGCGCUCCAGCACUUUGGCCAGAUCUGGAACACGCUCAGCCCGCAGAACUGGGUCAGCUUCUUCGGCAGCAUCAUUGGCGGCGUUGGGUCUGUGGGCUCUUCCUUCUGGUCGUCGGCCAAGGCGGCGCCGCCCGCGGUCACGGCUGGGUCGCUGACGGUGGAGGACAUGAACGAGCAGCUCGACGAGCUUCUGAGGCAGUCGAUCGUGGCAUUCACGCAACGGUGGGGUGGCCUCACCAUGGACGCCAAGGCGAGGAAGGCUGGCGUCAAGCCCAUUGGCAAGGUCGAGAAGGAGCUCGAGGAGGUUCUGCAGACGGCGUUCAGCAACCAGCCAGAGGUCAUUGGGAAGCUCAAGGAGGCCAUCGCGAUGCAUGCCGAGGCCCAGGAGCAGGCGGCGGGCGAGAAGAAGGGGGUCCGGCGGUAUUGA